AGACGUAGCGAUGCAUAUACCUGUCUGAGCUCUGAAGGGAAGGGAAAACAGACCAGAGACACUUCGCUUUUGCUCUUCACUGCUGCCGGUACUCCCAACUACUCGUUGUCCUCCGGUUGUCUCUGUUGUUGUCUUUGUUUGGGCUCCUUUUAAUAUCGCCUGCUUCUAUCGUCCGUUCCUGUCGCGCGUUUCCUGGAGAUCUCAUGCCCCGCCGGUCCUAAGCGCCCAGCGAUAUACCCAGUGGUCACCGUACCUUUUGACAGCUCGAAUUUGGUUAUUGGGAUAUUCUUGUGCUCGUUGCAGAACUUGCUUUUUCGGCAUAUUCGGGGCAUCUUCGCAUUGGUGCCAGUGCAAUUGUUUGCUUUUGCUCAGGGAAGGGGACCGUAUACUUGGACAGGAUGUCGCUUCCCCCGGAGACUCGCGAACAGUAUAUUCAGGUCAUCGACUCCAUUCUGGCCCAAAGUGACCUGAACACCAUCUCCGAAAAGCGCAUCCGCAGAGGCCUCCAGGAUGCCGUCGGCCAUGAUCUCACACCGCAGAAGGCUGCGAUCAAGCAGCUUAUCAUGGAACGAUUCGACAUUUUCGCGGACCAGGAUGGGAUAAAUGCUUCUGGGGAUGGGGAUAAGUCGGCCGAAUCGACGACCAACGGCCACGAUAACAGCGGCGGCUCAGCCACGCCUGCCGAACCUUCGCCCUCCACGCUCUCUGCGUCACCACAGAAACGCGCAGCAGAAAGCGAAGAACCAGCAGAUAGCCUAGAUGACGCAUCCCCGCCGGCCAAGAAACAGAAGCCGGAUCACGAUAUCGACGCAGAUGCCCUCUUUGCGGCCAAAUUACAAGCCGAAGAAAAUUUGCGUGCCCGGCCCACCCGAGGUGCCAGCACACGGAGAGCGGCGCCUGUGAAGAAGAAAACCAAGCCUAAGCCCAAGACAAAGACGUCCAAGAAGGUCAAGGUAGAGGAUGAUUCGGAUGUUGGUUCGGGGUCCGAGUCGGGCAAGAAGGAGGUCAAACGGUCUGGCGGAUUUCACGCACCAAUGGCACUUUCGCCUGCACUCUCGUCUCUUCUGAAUGAAGAAAUUCUAUCGCGACCUCAAACGGUCAAGAAAAUGUGGGAGCAUAUUCACAAACAUGAGCUUCAAGACCCCAGUGACCGACGCCACAUCCUAUGUGACGAUGGAAUGCGUGCCGUCUUCAAGCAGGAUCGGAUACACAUGUUCGCCAUGACCAAAAUUCUCAAUCAAAACCUGUACAGCCCAGACGAUUAGUCCACAUAUCUGGGGACUCCAUGACGAUAUGUCUACUUUUUUUCGUUUAAAGCUGGGUAGUUCAGCCUGCCCUACUGCAUUUAUGACGUUCGAUAUUCCCUUUUCAGCACUGUUCACUGCAUAAGUCCGGGGGCGCCAUCUAUUCGUCAAGCCGUUCAAUCUCCUCAUUCUUCAUUGCUUUGUCUGUCUACAUUCAGUGUCCAUUCAUUAUCCGAGUAUAUGUAUUUCGUUUCUUUUGUCGAUUUUCUUUUUCUCAUUUUUUCUCCAGCGGGAGUUGGUGCUGCCCUUGCAUUGCAAGGAAGAAGAUACUGAUCGAGUUCUUUAUUGCUUUUUAGGAUGGAUAAUUUCUUAUUCAUACAGUUUAGCUAUCAAUAGUUAAUUUGCUUUUAUAGCGUGGAAUAUGUUUGUCAGCGGAAGCAUUCCGGCC